AUGAGCCCUUCUGCGCAGAGGAUGGGAGGACAUCAGCAGCAAGGGGCUCCCGCCGGGAGGAGAGGGUCAUCCAGCAGGCGGCCCGGCGGCGGUGGUGGCGCCAGGGCGCAGCGCCUCCUGCUCAGGCUCUUCGUGCACGCGUGGAUGUGGGCGGCCUCGGGCUCAUCUGCCCAGGUGUUCAAUCUUAGCCUUUCCGUGGAUGAGGGACUUCCUCCGGACACUCUAGUCGGCGACAUUCACGCCGGGCUGCCGGCUGCACAGCAACAGGACGGGGGCGGCUUCUUUCUGUCCGAGGAUUCAGAUGACUCCCCGCUGCUGGACGACUUCCACGUGCAUUCAGACACUGGCAUCAUCCGUACUGCGAGGCGCCUGGACCGAGAACUGCGGGACCACUACAGUUUUGUGGCCGCCACACUGCUGGGCGCCGUGGUGCAGGUGGAGAUCUGCGUCAAUGAUGUCAACGACCACUCGCCCCGCUUUCCCCGAGACUCUCUGCAACUUGACGUCUCUGAGCUCAGCCCUCCAGGUACGGCUUUUCGCCUGCCAGGUGCCCAUGACCCAGACGCGGGGCUAUUUAGCACACAGGGCUAUACCCUGGUGCAACCAUCUGACCUCUCCAAGGACCCCGCAGGACCCUUCUUCCAACUGCGCUAUGGGACCCCCGGGUCACCACCUUCCCCGCAGUUCUCGUCGCCUCUGGAGCCCUUAGACCUGGUGCUGCUUCGGCGCUUGGAUCGAGAGGCUUCGGCAGCACACGAGCUGCAGAUCGAGGCGUGGGACGGUGGCCACCCUCGGCGCACAGGUCAUUUGCGUGUGGAGCUGCGGGUGCUGGAUGAGAACGACAAUCCUCCUGUCUUUGAGCAGGAUGAGUACCGCGCCUCCGUGCACGAGGAUGCUCAGCCAGGUGCAGAAGUCUGUCGCGUGCAUGCCACGGACCCUGACUUGGGGCCCAAUGGUCACGUGCGCUACAGCAUCCGCUCCAGGCAGGCGCCUGAGGCAGGUGGUGGCAGCGGGCUUUUGGGGGACAUGGCCUACUUCUCGGUGGAGGAGCUGAGCGGUGUGGUGCGAGUGCAAAGGCCUCUAGAUCGAGAGACUCAGGCCUGGCACCAGCUGGUAGUCGAGGCCCGCGACGGAGGUGCCGAGCCUGAGGUCACUACUGUGCGGGUGUCCAUAGCCGUGCUGGACGUGAAUGACAACUGGCCCGCCAUUCACCUACUGUUCCUCACCGAGGGGGGCGCAGCGCGAGUCUCAGAAGGUGCCCGACCCGGCGACUAUGUGGCUAGAGUGUCGGUAUCCGACGCAGAUGGUGACCCGGAGAAGGAAGGGGAGGCAGAUGGGGAACUUGAUAUGAGCCUUGGGGACAGGACCAUUUCUCUGACCUUGGAGGGCGCAGAAGGGGCCUUCGCGCUGAGGCCUGGCGGCUCCCCAGGGGUAUUUUUCCUUUGCGUUGGGGGGCCCUUGGACAGGGAGAUCCGAGACCUGUAUGAUUUGCGACUGGUGGCCACAGAUGCGGGUUCUCCGCCGCUGAGCACGGAGGAGACACUGCUGCUCCGGAUCGCCGACCUCAACGACCAGCCGCCUCUCUUCAGCCAGGAGCGUUACCAGGCCUCAGUAUCCGAGGCCGCGGCCCCUGGCACCGCGGUCGUGUGGGUCAGCGCCUCCGACGCGGAUGAGGCUGGCACCAGCCACGCCAAGCUGCGGUACAAGCUGGUCCACCUCCCUGCUCACUGCAGCCAAGAGGCUCCGCUGCCCACAGUGGAGUGCGGACCGUCCUUCACCAUAGACCCUGAAAGCGGCCUGAUCAGCACCAUCCAGAGCCUGGACCGAGAAAUCCAGGAAGCUGUAGAGCUGAGAGUGGUGGCCCAAGACCUGGGAGAGCCCCCGCUGUCUGCCACCUGCCUGGUGAGCAUCACCGUGGAGGACGUGAAUGACAACGAGCCCGUCUUCUGGAGGCAGGUGUACAACGCCAGCCUUGCGGAGCACGCCCCCGUGGGACACUGCUUUCUGCAGGUAAAAGCCUCCGACGCGGACACAGGACUCUAUGGCUUGGUCACGUAUUCUCUUUAUGAUGGAUUCCAAAGCUACGAAGCACCUCGCGCCUUCCAGAUUGACCCACAUGAUGGGCAGAUCUGUGUUUCUCAAGAUAUGGACAGGGAAAGGGAUCCAGCUACCUAUGAUCUCCUGGUGAAAGCAAGAGAUGGGGGUGGGCUAGGCGCCCAAGCGUUUGUUCGCGUAGAACUGGAGGACGUGAAUGAUAAUGAACCCGUGUUUAACCCGUCCACCUAUGUGGUGAGCAUUAGCGGCCAGACCCAGCCCGGAGCUGAGAUCGUCAAUGUCCUCGCCACUGACAGGGAUUCUGGGAUAUAUGGAACCGUGGCUUAUGAGCUCAUCCCUAGUGACCUGUCCUCCCUCUUUACCAUCGACUCUACCACAGGAAUUAUUUACUUAACAUCGACACUUAGUCAUUUAGAAUCUACUACACUUCUGCUGACGGCCUGUGCUCGAGAUGGUGGCGGGCUCACAUCUGUCAUUGACGCCCAUGUCACUAUACACAUUCUUCAGACAACUCUGGCACCCGCUGAAUUUGAAAGGCCUAAGUACACUUUCUCGGUUUAUGAAGAUGUGCCUGAAGACAGUCCCGUGGGGACAGUGAAAGCAAAGGAGUCCUUGAAUUCCUCAGAGCCAAUUUUCUACAGAAUCUCCUCUGGCGAUCUGCACAGAAAGUUCUCUAUUCACCCGUGGCUGGGCACCAUUCGAACCCAGAAGCCCCUGGAUCACGAGACGCAGCCCGUGGUUGUGCUCACGGUCCAGGCGCAGCUCGGCAGCUCCCCUGCCUGCAGCAGCACCGAGGUCAACAUAACCGUGGUCGAUGUCAACGACAACCAUCCAGUGUUUCCCAGAGCCUCAGACGAGGUCAGAAUAUCCCCGACCACACUGCCCGGCGCAGCCUUGUACCGGGUGCGUGCGGAAGACAAGGACAGUGGUUGCAAUGGGUUCGUCCGGUACUCUAUCGCCAGCCAGAAUCCAGGCCUCUUUGCCGUGGACCCCGGGCUGGGGCUGGUGUACCUCAAUGCCAGUCUGGGGGGCAGUGUGGCCCCGAAGCACACGCUGACCCUCAGGGCCCAGGACCUCGGCGUUCCGCCUCGAGCAUCCCUGUUUGUGCUGACGAUCGUUAUCGAAAAACCAGACUCGAGCCCGCCCUUGAUUUUUGGAAAUCUGGUCUAUGAAGUAGAAGUUAGCGAGGCUCUCUCACCCACAACCCCGAUACUGCAGAUCCAGGCCCACGCGCUUGGCGCCCAGCGCAGGUCGCGGCUCCUGUACUGGCUGGAACCCAGCGCCGGCGCUGCGGCGUUUGCCGUGCACCCGUACACAGGCUGGAUUUCUCUGCGGCGACAGCUCGACUAUGAAUCCACCCAAACAUACAACUUGAGAGUGUUUGCCCGGCUCCCGGAGGACGGAUGGUCACAAAAUGUGAGCACUUCCGUAAUUGUUCAUGUCCUGGACGAGAACGACAAUUCUCCUGCCUUCUUGCAUGAUGUGUUGUUUCUGAAAGUGGAGGAGAGCCCCCUGCCCCAAGGGGUAAUAGGCAGGAUUACAGCGAUGGACAGAGACUCGGGGAAGAACGGACAGCUGUCGUAUUUCCUUUUGUCUGAUGGAAAAUUCUUCAUGAUGAAUCCUCAUACAGGGGAGCUGAUCAGCUGGGUGGCGCUGGACCACGAGCAUCAGGCGCACCAUCAGGUGACCGUCCUAGUGACUGACCAUGGCUCCCCACCGCGGAAUGCCAGCAUGGUGGUUUAUGUCUCAGUGACUGACAUCAAUGAUAACAAGCCGUAUUUCCCACAGUGCCUCCCUGGGAAGGAAUUACACAUCAAGGUUCUGGAAGGUCAACCAGUAAAUAUGUUGGUCACAACUGUGUUUGCAAAGGAUUCUGAUGAAGGAAACAAUGCAGAAGUUUCAUAUUCGGUAUCUUCAGAAGAUAGGUCUGAUCACUUCAAGAUUGAUGCCAACAGUGGUGAAAUAAGAACAACCACAAUACUUUUGUAUGAUUAUAGACCUUCCUACAGGAUAACUGUCAUUGCCGGUGACCAGGGAGUGCCUCCUCUUCAAGGACAAGCAGUCAUUAAUAUCCAGGUGAUACCACUAUCCAAAGGGAGAGCUAUCAUUUCUCAGAAUAUAAGACAUUUAGUUAUACCAGAAAACUUAAAGCCUGCAAAAAUAAUGAGCUUGAUAAAGUCACCUGAUCACUUUCAACAACAUCACAAUGGAAAGCUACAUUUUAGUAUCGCAGCAGAUGACAAGGAUGGCCACUUCGAAAUCGACAGCUCAACGGGGGACUUGUUCCUUUCCAAAGAACUUGAUUACGAAAUGACCUCUCAUUAUCUUUUCAGGGUGAUUACUAAAGACCAUAGCCAAAACCCUCCCCUGAUUAGCACAGUCUUCCUUAGUAUUGAUGUGGAAGAUCAGAAUGACCAUUCCCCAUCUUUUCAAGAGGAGUCCAUUGUGAUAAGCAUAGAAGAGAAUGUCCCUGUAGGAACUCUGGUACACGUCUUCAAUGCCAACGAUGGAGAUGGCAGUUUUUUGAACAGUCGAAUACAAUACUUCAUUGAAUCCCACCACCCCGGAGUCAAUCCAUUUCUCAUCCACCCCUCCUUUGGCACAUUAGUCACUGCAUCCCCCCUUGACAGAGAGAGAGUUCCGGCUGUUGUCCUGACAAUCACUGCAUCCGAUCAGGCUGUGAAUGUGACAGACCGGCGAGUGAGGUCGCUAAUGGCAAAGGUAGUGAUUUUGGAUGUAAAUGACCACAGCCCCACCUUUAAGUCUUUCCCCAUUGCUCAUGUCAAAGAGGAUGCCACAGUGGGCUCCUUGGUGCACCAUGUAACUGCUCAAGAUCCAGAUGAAGGAAGGAAUGGAAGAGUAACGUACAGCAUCCUCUCAGGAAAUGAAAACAUGGCCUUUAUGCUAGAUGAGUCAUCAGGCUUUCUAACUACAGCUUGUUCUUUGGAUUAUGAAAUUAAAACCCAGCACAUCCUGACCCUUCUUGCCCUGGACGACGGCAUUCCGACCCUUUCUUCGUCCCAGACGCUGACAGUGACUGUCCUGGAUGUCAAUGAUGAGGCACCAGUGUUUCAGCAGCACCUGUAUCAAGCUUCAGUUAAAGAAAACCAAAAUCCAGGGGAGUUCGUCACAAAGGUUGAAGCUAUGGACAGAGACUCAGGCGUCAAUUCCAAGCUUCGAUUUGAAAUCAUGCCAGGUGCAUCGUCUGAGCUGUUUGAGAUCAAUCCUGACACUGGGGAGUUGGUGACAGCCACCACACUUGACAGAGAAGUUCAGGAAGUCUUCACCCUCCGAGUCCUUGUUCGAGACGGGGGAGUCCCUUCCCUGUCUGGCACCACCACCAUUCUCUGCACUGUGGAAGAUGAAAACGAUCAUGCUCCGAAGAUUAUUGUCCCCACUCAUGACAUUGAGGUUCUGGAAAACCAAGAACCAGGGGUUGUCUACACCAUUUUGGCCUUUGAUAUGGAUUCCGGCAAUAAUGGAGCUGUCAAGUAUCAUAUAAUUGAUGGAAAUACUGAUGAGUACUUUGCUAUUAAUGAAACGUCAGGAGAACUCUCAACCACCCGCGCUUUGGACCGGGAGCACGUCAACAGCUUUGCCCUCGUCAUCCUGUGCUCUGACCUGGGGGAUCCUCCCAGGAGCUCACUCGUGCAGUUGCAAGUUCGAGUCUUGGAUGACAAUGACCACAGCCCUUCCUUUCCCUUGCUUCAGUACCAGUGCUUCGUGAGAGAAGACGCUGACGUGGGAACCGUGGUUCUUGUGCUGUCUGCUGUGGACAAGGAUGAAGGCCAGAAUGGGCAAACUGAGUACCUCCUGACUGACGAGGCUUCUGGUGCCUUCACCAUUGACCCCGUGGCAGGCACUUUGCGAACUGGCCACACCCUCGACCGGGAGGCCAGAUCUCAACAUACAUUUCGGGCUGUGGCCAGAGACUGUAGCGUCCAGGGCUCAAGAAGCACCACAGUAAUUAUAAAAGUACAUGUCACGGAUAUGAAUGACAAUGACCCAGUUUGGGAACAGAACCCCUUUGAUAUUUUCCUUUCCCCUCAGUCACCUAUAAACCAGACGGCUGCCAUUCUGAGAGCAAGUGACCCAGACUUGGGGCCCAAUGGAACUGUCAUUUUUAGUUUUGCGGAGACCCAGUCAAUGUUUUCUAUUAAUAAAUACACAGGAGAGAUUCAGCUUCAGCAAAACCAAUCUUCAGAAUAUUUUCCCAUCUGGCUGCAGCUUAAAGUUAUGGACCAAGGGGUCCCAGCUAGGACAACCAGCGGCCUCUUGGUCAUUCACAUGGAAGGAGAAGAUGUCAAGAUGUCGUUCAGCCACCAUCUGUAUAAAGGGGUUGUGGCUGAAAACUCUGAGGCAGGUACUUCUAUUGUGACUGUAAGAGCUUUUGCUCCCGACUCAAUUCAAGAUAGCAUUAAAUAUUCCAUCUUUAGUGGAAAUGAAGAUGGAGUUUUUUCCCUGUGCUCCAACACAGGAGAAAUCACUGUGAACGAACCCAAGUUUCUUGAUUUUGAAGUCCGAAAUGAAGUACAGCUCAUUGUUUUAGCUGAAAGCAGUGGGCAUAGAGCCUACAGCAAAGUAGCUGUCUUGAUACAAGAUGUGAACGAUAAUUCACCGCACUUUGGGCAAAGCGUUUACCGAGCAUCAGUGUCCGAAGGCCAGUUCGACGACGCUCGUAUCAUACAGGUUGUUGCUACUGACCUGGACAGCGGGCUGAGUGGCCUCAUUGGGUACUCCAUUCUCGCUGGCAACCAAGGACAGGUGUUCCAGAUUGAUGCACUGAGUGGCGUGAUCACAGCAAAGGGGAUGCUGGAUUAUGAGGUCACCAACUCCUACAGCUUGCUUGUACAAGCCACAGAUAAAGGGAUGCCCAGGCUUUCUGGUACAGCUGUGGUCAAGAUACAGGUGACUGAUGUAAAUGACAACGCCCCAGCUUUUCUCCCCCUUGAAGCAGUGGAAAUUGCAGAAAAUUCUUUUCCUGGUGUAAUUGUAACCCGGAUAUCAGUUCAUGAUGUGGAUUUGAAUUCAGCUUUCACCUUUAGUUUCUCCAAAGAGAGUAAUCCUGGAACCAAGUUUGCUAUUGAUCAGAACACUGGAGUAGUGAUGCUAAUGAAAACAUUGGAUUUUGAAGAAGCUACUGAAUACGAGCUACUUAUCCAAAUUUCUGACUCAGUGCACCACACAGAGGGAGAACUCAUUGUUCGUGUGCUGGAUGUCAAUGAUAACCCACCAGUUUUUUCUCAAGUUUCUUACCAGGUCACCGUUCCAGAGGCGGUGCCCGUGGGGUACCCCGUGCUGACUGUGGCCGCUACAGACCUAGAAAGCAACGAGUCCAUUUCUUACAGAAUGCUCUCACCUUCGAAGGACUUCUCUAUCGAUCCUAUGAAUGGCACAAUAUGUACUACCAGUCCUAUUUCACUUCUGGAUCAAACAUCAACAGUUCAAUUUCUUGUUGAAGCCAGCGAUGGUGGAAUUCCUGACCUGAGGGCUCUUACCUUAGUGGAGAUAGAAAUACAAGAUAUGAACAAUUAUGCCCCUGAAUUUGCAGUAGAAUAUUACAAUCUCAGCUUGAGUGAGGACGCUCAAAUUGGAGGCACGCUUGUCACCUUUUCAACGACUGACCGUGACUGGACCCCUGAAAACACACGUGUUGAAUAUUCCAUCAUCAGUGGUAAUUCACAGAACAAUUUCCACGUGGAAACUAGUUUAAUUCUCUCACAAUAUCCUUAUAAGCAAGUUGGCUAUCUGGUGUUGCUUCGCAAUCUGGACAGAGAAGCAUCUGCCAGUCAUAAGCUUGUCAUUCUGGCAUCUGACCAUGGCUGCCCUCCACUGAGCUCCACCGCCACUGUGUCAAUAGAAGUGCUUGAUGUCAAUGACAACCCACCUAAGUUCAGCAGUCUGAGAUACCAUGCCCAUGUCAAGGAAAGUACCCCUCUAGGGAGUCGCAUCACUGUGGUCUCAGCCAAUGACCGUGAUGUGGGUUUACACGCAGAAAUCAUCUACCACAUAAUCUCUGGAAACGAGAAGGGGCACUUUUACUUGGAAGAAAGAACUGGAGUUCUUUAUUUGACUAAACCUUUGGAUUAUGAAGAAACAAUAAAAUUCACAUUAACUGUCCAAGCUUCGGAUGAAGAAAAGAAGCAUUUUUCUUUUGCGGUUGUGUUUGUCGGUGUCCUAGAUGAUAAUGACCAUGAACCUCAGUUCAUGUUUCCAAGCUUGAACUGUGUUGUUCCUGAAAAUCUGCCUGUUUUCUCCACCGUAUGUUCUGUGAAUGCUUUGGAUUUUGACGCAGGUCCUUAUGGAGCAUUGACCUAUUCUAUUUUAUCCCCCUGUCCUGCCACGCAUGGGGUGCCUCAGGACCAUGAUCCCUUCCUCAUUGACCCUCUGACAGGGGAUAUUCAUGCUAGGCAAGUCCUUGACUAUGAAAAUGACAAUAAAUACUGCCUCCUGGUUCAGGCAAAAGACAAAGGAGACUCAACAGCCUCUUUAACAGUUUGGGUGGAUAUUGAAGGGAUAGAUGAGUUUGAACCCAUUUUCACUCAAGAUCAGUAUUUUUUCAGCCUCCCAGAAAACUAUAACAUAAGACAGUUGGUUGGCAGAGUGGAAGCAUCAGACGCAGAUGCCGGCAUCGAUGGUGUUAUUCUUUACUCCCUUGAAAAGCCAUCUCCUUUCUUCUCAGUGAAUAAAACGAGUGGAAAUAUUUAUUUGACCAGAGCCCUCCCCCUGAUGAAUCACAUCAGCAAAGAAGACACCAUUGAAAUGAAAGUCAUCGCACAUAGCCCUAAAGAGGACUCCAGGUUUGCGUCCUGCACCAUCUUCGUGAACGUGUCUUUUUCCUCGGGAGGAAAGCGCUCGUCCGUGGCAGCUAGCCGCUUCUCAAUCAGCCUCACAGUCUCCUUUCUAGUGUUCCUGUUACUCGUCCUCAUUCUGAUGGUCCUGAUUUUAAGACAUAAGCAAAAAGACGCAAUCAACAGUUAUGAGGACAAGAAAACAUCCCCGUCCUUGGAUAUCAGUGUGAGACUGACCAGGGAUGGCAGCUUGCUCCAGUCCUUCCAGACACCGGAUGACUGCAGUCAUGCGGCUGUGCCUGGGGACACCACGCCGGAAUGGUUGAGUUUGAUAAGCAUCGUGGAAAAAGACAUCGUAAAUCUGUACAGGCACUCAAACUCCAGCGGCCACUGCUCUGUGGAAGGAGAAAGUGCAGAAGAUAAGGAGAUCCAGAGGAUCAAUGAGCACCCUUAUAGAAAGGACUCUGGCUCAGCUCUGAGUGGCCAGGAGUCCAGGGUGCCGGACUCUGGAGUCCCAAGGGACUCAGACCAGCUCUCCUGCUUGUCUGGGGAAACUGAUGUGGUGGUCACUGUUGUAACAGCAGAAACCAGCCACAUGCUUGAGGAAGGACAUGGAAGAGAAGGCUGUAGCACAGCUUACAUUCAAAAUAAUGUGUUACCCCAGGCGCUAAAGAUGAGAGAGGUAAAAGUGGACAUCCCGGGUGAGGUCAGGAAAGGCCUUGUCUUUAUUUCAGGUGAUCCAGAAGCGAAAUGCGCAGCUCUUUCAACACAGAGAACCUCUGAUCAUGAUGUGAGAGGCGGCUACCACUGGGAUCAUCUUCUCAGCUGGGAACCCAAGUUCCAACCUCUUGCUUCAGUAUUUAAUGAUAUCGCAAAACUAAAGGACGAACAUUUACAUGAAGCUGGGAUUCCCAAAGGGAAGCAGUCUUUUGUUUUUCCGCCCCCUUUGAUAACAGCAGUAGCCCAACCCGGGAUUAAAGCAGUUCCACCAAGAAUGCCAGCCAUAACCUCGAGGCAGGUGCUUCAAAAGUAUCCACACUCCCCCCUGCUCUACCAUCUCAAUUCUCUGUCUGAAGCAAUGACUCCCAGUUUUUCUCCAUCUCUUUCCCUGUUGACGACACAGACCCCUGCCAUGACUCCACUGCUGUUGCAUGGAGAUUUCUUAGGAACACAUCUAGGUGAUACAUGCCAUGAACUUAAAGCAGAAGAUGACGUUCAGAUAUAA